AUGUGUCAGAUGAUUGUGUUUUGGCAUUCCUGCGGCCAUCUCUAUGCUUCCUACCUACAGUGUCCUUUCAAAGAGCUAGACAGACAUGAGGACAAUUUUGCUACAGCAGCCAAUGUAGAUGUCAAAUGCUGGGCGUGCAAGAUGACUGAAUGCCCCGUGACCAAACAACUGAAGACAACCCUUCUGACCGUCGAGCACCUCGAAAUUAUACUCGGAGAGUCGUCCACUGACCCAGGUUUCCUGGAGUCGGUCAUCGGGUUCUACGCACACGGAGACCAUUCCCGCUACUGGGACCAGCCAGGGCCCCGCAAAGCCGAGUACGUGUUGGACGAUCCCUAUAUGGAGGAUAUGGAAGACGAGGCCUAUCUAGAAGCAGCUGCCCGGACAGGGGAAUUCGCAGGUAACGCGGGAUUCGCCUUUGAUCUGGAGAUCGCGCAGGCUGCUCGAAACGAUCCCCAGAACCACAAUAAUCUCAAUUGGUUUGCGAGAGGCGCUUACUCGACAUACCCUUUCUACUACCAAUUGUCUGAUAAGUCUGUGUUCCAGCCCCCAGGAAAUGUGCCACGCCCCGAGCCCAGGGAUGCCGGCGAGGUCCGACGGCCCCUCACUCUCCCAGAGGAAUCUCUUCACAAGAGACCGGCAUCGAAUCCCAGGUACGGUAAUACGACUACACUUGGUGAAGACAGUCUUCUGGCGUCUGCAUUUCACCCGGAUGAUGGCACCUUGUCUACAGAGAACAGCCCCACGAGCGAGAUACCGCAGCUAAGCAAUAAUACCACAGGCCCCAUCCAGAACGAUCCCGCCUUUGAUGAUUUGAACAACAUGCUGGUUCCCAUGUCAGCAAACGUCAAUAACCCCAUGUCCAAUGGUGUUGAAAGCUCUGCUGAGAAUAACCUCGCAGUUCACUUUCAGGGCAAUGUCGUGGUGCCUACUCAAAGCGACGUCGCUGAUCCCUUAGUUGACCCUGUCACUAGUUUUGUUCCUAACGCCACCACGCCUUCCUUCUCCAACGGAGCUACCAUCCCUUUCCUGGAACGGUUGAUUGACUCUAUGCAGAAUGGCACUGCGAGCCCCACCCAGGGUGAGCUCAUAAGCAUCCAGACGAACGCAGUUGCUCCCAUUCAAGAAAACGAAAAACACAUCAUGGACUACGAGUAUACCCCAAGGACGACCACCAACAGAAUAUUCAGUUACGACACAGAGCUACCAAUAGAGGAAGACAAUGCCAAUGACCUAGCCAUUGACAGCCCUAAAAACGACCCCGAAUUGCCAGACCACGGACAUUCUUCCACUGGGGCACAGAGAGAAGGCGAACACUUCAACAACCAGCAGCCUCAAGACCCCCAGCAGCAUCAAAAUGCAUUUGUAUCUUACCAAGCUUACUACCAAUUCACCCACUCUACACCCACCUCCACAGCAGGGGCUUUUCCCGAGCUGUCCAUGGACUCAACUUCUCCUGAGCUGCCGCCGACCCAGCAUCCCCGUUCCCAGUUUUUUUCUGGGCUUGACGACGUUGGCGACUUCAUGCUAGACAAUGUUUCGAUGGAUGGUAAUCCCCCAUCUAGCGAUACAAUCGAGGAUUGGUCAACUAUCUAUGACCAGGAUAGUGUGGGGGAUGUGAUGCAGGAUGACGACAGAGAAGCCGCGAAUGAAGCUUACUCUCAGACUGAGGAAUGA